AUCAGUCAUAUAUUUACAAAUGACUCCAAGGGCAACGCUUCCACAUCCCGGCCAAUACUGACUUUGGAAAAGGAUUCAUUCCCUGACUACAGGGCCCAGUCAUGAGGUGUGACCCAAGGGCGUCAGUCAGCUGAUGCACAGCCGCUCACCUUAGCCACUAACCAUGACCGAGCAUCAAAGGGAAAGGUGCAAGAAUGCAGUACUGCAACCAAAUUCACACAUUUGGAAUGAUUUUAAUACCUUUGUGUAAGUUCUCAUUCAACUUGUAAAGUUAAAGUGUGCCGGCUGCGUGCUGGAUGGUUUAAUUACAUCCCAGCUAUGUGAAAGAGGCAUGUAUAGGAGGGUGUGGGAAGUGGUGCCAUUCUGAAAGGGGUGGUUCCUUUUCAGGAAAAGGGGUGGUCCUUUCAAACAAAAAAGGCUCUGCAUGAGAGAUUCCCAAUGCCUGUGCCUCUUAGGAACGAGAACAGAGAGAACGGCCCAGAGCAGGAGUAGGGGAUAAGUUUUGGGCUUCUCUUCUUUGAGUUUCUGAGAGGAGCGGGGACCAUCUUCCCGGGACUCCAUCCCCGAGCAGGAGGCCGUGUGUGCUGAGGAUGACGGCGGACAACAUGGCAGCCCACGCGCACGGGUGCACGGUGCUGCUGUUCCUGCUGCUGGCUCUGGUUCGGGUGGCACCGGUGAGGGGCUGCACCUGUAACCCUACACACCCACAACAGCAGUUCUGUGAUGCUGAGUUAGUUAUUCGUGCAAAAAUCACUCGGGAGAAGGUUAUAUCCCCUAGCAACAGCUCAUCAUCCCACCUGAAAAUGAUCCAGUAUGAGAUCAAGCUGAUGAAGGUGUUCAAAGGCUUCAAAAAGGUGCAAGACAUCCGCUACCUUUACACACCUUUCUUCUCCUCUCUGUGUGGGAUCAAGCUGGACUCCAGCAGCAAGGUCCAGUACCUGAUCUUUGCCAACAUCAUGAGUGAUGGGAAGGUCGUGGUUGAGCUCUGUGAUUUCGUGGAACCAUGGAAGCAGCUCACCAUGACCCAGAAGAAAAACCUCAAUUACCGAUACCACAUGGGCUGCACCUGCAAAAUUUCCACCUGCCAUACCCUACCAUGCACUGCAAAUGUGGAGAAAGAAUGCCUGUGGACAGACUGGCUGCUGGAGGACAAGCUGGCCGGGGAGCAGGUCCGCAACUCAGCCUGCAUCAGGCGCAGCGAUGGCUCCUGCAGCUGGUACCGGGGAGCCCCGGCCCUGGAGAAGAACUUCCUGGACAUGAAUGACCCUUAAGAGGGAAGUAGGUAGAUGGAGGAAAUGUGCCGUUCAGCAGGAAGGGGAACAGUCUCACCUUCUGUCCCUGUAGGACUCUUAUGAUUCUCUUUUUCUGUGACUGGGGAUAUCAGCUAAAGGCUGGACUUCAGAUACGGUCAUGUUAAAAGUAAGUACACCCACAUGAAAAAUUUUCUUUCAACAUAUUUGGACAGACAAAUAUUAUUAUUUUCAUUAUUAUUAAAAAGUUAUGCCAUUAAUAAUAAUAAUAAUAAUAAUAAUAAUAGUAACAGUAAUAAUAUUAUUUUCAUUUCAACAAUAGAGAAGUAUAA